CUCGUUGCGAUCGGCAAAUAGCCUAAAUCAUACCAAAAUCAUAGUGGCUAGCUUCGAUUGCUCAUGAAGAAGCAACUGCAGUUAUUAUUGUUCGAUGAACUCACGAUUGCGAGCUGUGCGCCCCACGCAGCAAUUGCGAAGCAUCAGUCAUCGGACACUGCACCGACAGCUGCCCCUCCAAACUGAAGUUGCGAGACGCUCUUCUUUGUCACCCCUCCACACCAAAGUCCCAUCGUGCUUUCCUGCGUCAUUUGCGCAAAACAACAAACCCCCACACGCUCUUACCCGCCGACACUUCACUACGACUGCAUCCCCACCCAGCACACACACAAUGGCCGACACAAAUGUCGAAGCCGCCAAGCGCGCAGCCGGCCAGCAGGCAGUGGCCGACCAUUUCGACGCCAACGCCUCGUACGUGGGAAUUGGCUCGGGCACAACCAUCGUCUACGUCGUUGAAGCCAUCAAAGAGCGCUCUACCAACCCCGCGAUCAGCUUCGUGCCCACGGGCUACCAGUCGCGACAGGUCAUCAUCAACGCCGGGCUCACACCACUCAGCUUCGACAGCCUGCCUGACGGCGUGAUGCUCGAUGUCGCCUUCGACGGCGCCGACGAGGUCGAUCUGGAGCUGAACUGCAUCAAGGGCGGAGGUGCGUGUCUGUUCCAGGAGAAGCUCGUCGCUGAGCGCGCCAAGAAGUUUGUCUGCGUCGCCGACUACAGAAAGAGACAGGAUCGCUUGCUGACCAACUGGCCCACAAUACCGAUCGAAGUCGCGCCGCUGGCGCAGAACAAGGUUGCUGCUGCGCUGAGGACAUUAGGAUCGACGGACCCUAAACUGAGGACAACGCUGCUGGAGAAGUCGGGCCCGCUGAAGACGGAUCAGGACUUCUACAUCAUCGAUGCUGUGUUCCCACAGUUGUUGACGAAGAAAGAUGUCGAGAAUGGAAAGGGCAAGGGCGAUGGAACUGACGGCACAUGGGAGGUCAACAACAUCGCAAAAGCUAUCAAGAGCCUGACCGGAGUACUGGAGGUCGGCAUCUUCUCUGGCCUGAACGGUCUAGACGCGCAAGCACUGAGGUCGAAGAAUACCGAGAAGUCAGCAGUCAGCGGUGGGCAGGUUCCUGUUGCCGUUUACUUCGGCAUGCAGGAUGGCAGCGUAGUGGUCAGAACCGCCGAUGGCGAGAAAUAGGCAGACCCCGAGGAUGAGUUCCGCACGCCUGCGCCUGAGAUGCGUAUCGAACCUUGGUAAGUGUGCUGGGCCGCGAGACGGGAUUUAGGUGGGUGAUUGUGUGUGUAUACGUAGGGAUGCGUCUGGUUGGGCCAUUGCUAAGAAACAGACAGCGGUGUGCGCAAGAGUCUGAGUAUGACUAUAGCAAGACAUGCCAAAAGGCGGAUAUCCUGAUGUUCCCAAAGACUGUCCCCUCACAGGCGGUUCGUAGCUACGUUCCCAGAACCCCAUGAUUCUUCCAACAUAGCGCACGCCAUUCUUCGAGCACCGCAAGACUCAGCGUGAUUCCACAAAAAAUGACCCUCACGCUCUCCACAGAGUCGCUUCGGCGGUGAGAGUAGUAGCAAAGGAGAAGAAAAGAAAAGAGAGGAAAAACGCGCCACCUACCAAAGUCUCGAGCGCCGUGGAGGUGGAGGGUG